GUCUCUAUGGCAGAGUGGGCGGAGCCAGGAGGAAAAUGGCGGCGCCCGUGGAGACCGCUGACUCGCAGGCUUCGGGGGGUCCUCGGCCCCCAGUUUGUCUGUUGGUGUUGGGAAUGGCAGGAUCUGGGAAAACCACCUUUGUCCAGAGGCUUACUGGACAUCUGCAUAGCCAAGGCUCUCCACCUUAUGUGAUUAAUCUGGACCCAGCUGUACAUGAAGUACCCUUUCCUGCCAAUAUUGAUAUUCGUGACACUGUGAAGUAUAAAGAAGUCAUGAAACAGUAUGGACUUGGGCCCAAUGGUGGUAUAGUGACGUCACUCAAUCUCUUUGCUACGAGAUUUGAUCAGGUGAUGAAAUUUAUCGAGAAGGCCCAGAGCAUGUCUAAAUACGUCUUGAUUGACACACCUGGACAGAUUGAGGUGUUCACGUGGUCAGCUUCUGGGACAAUCAUCACUGAGGCCCUAGCAUCCUCAUUUCCAACAGUUGUCAUUUAUGUAAUGGACACAUCAAGAAGUACCAACCCAGUGACCUUCAUGUCCAAUAUGCUGUAUGCCUGCAGCAUUUUGUACAAAACCAAGCUGCCUUUCAUUGUGGUUAUGAAUAAAACUGACAUCAUUGACCACAGCUUUGCAGUGGAAUGGAUGCAAGAUUUUGAGGCUUUCCAAGAUGCCUUGAAUCAAGAGACUACAUACGUCAGUAACCUGACUCGUUCAAUGAGCCUGGUGUUAGAUGAGUUUUACAGCUCACUUAGGGUGGUGGGUGUGUCUGCUGUUCUGGGUACAGGCUUAGAUGAACUCUUCGUGCAAGUUACCAGUGCUGCAGAAGAAUAUGAAAGGGAGUAUCGUCCUGAAUAUGAACGUCUGAAGAAGUCACUGGCCAGUGCACAGAGCCAGCAGCAGAAGGAACAGCUGGAGCGCCUUCGGAAAGAUAUGGGCUCUGUAGCCUUGGACACAGGGACUGCCACAGACAGCUUGUCUCCUGCGCUGGACGCUUCUGACCUGAUCCUGACUCGGGGAACACUGGAUGAAGAGGAUGAGGAAGCCGACAGCGAUACUGAUGACAUUGACCACAGAGUUACGGAGGAAAGCCGUGAAGAACCAGCAUUCCAGAAUUUUAUGCAAGAAUCAAUGGCACAGUAUUGGAAGAGAAACAACAAGUAGUUUCUAGAAGUCCAGAAUUUUGGAACUCUGUGAAGGAAUUAUCCUAACCUCUGAUGGGGACUACUUAUAAAGGACAAUUUUGUUCAGAGUAGCAGAGUUUCUCUUAUAGGGAAAUUUGACUCAGAUGCAGCCAGGGAUAGAAAACCAUUGGACCUGGCAGGUAGAUGCCAAUUCCCUUGGCCUUUCCCUUGGAUUUAUGCAAGGAAGGAUAUUCUCACUAUUCUUGGAUGCUGAUAGCCCUUCAAGCCUAAAGCUUCAAAUUUUAUCAUUUGAAUUCAAGUACUUUUGCUGCUGGUAGGUGGAACAGCGAAAAAUCACGAUUCACUUCAAACUUCUAUCAGGCUGGAUCUGUACUCUACUUUCCCAGCAUCUUGCCCUUGAUUAUACCAUGAGUUUCCUUCCUUUUAGUAGAAAGGGAAAGGAAACAUGAGCUUACCCAGGGUGGCAGUGGAGUCUCCUUGGCAACCAAUCAAUGUUGGGUAUGAAACAUGCCUCAGAUGGGGUAGCUCAUUGUAGGACAACAGGUUCAUUGAUAAAAGUGAGCAAAACAUGAUUAAUGAAUAAGAUCCUGUUUUGGAUGAUAACUUGGAUAAAGUGUUUUUAAUUUUAACUU